AUGAACGAAGAUGGAUCGAACAAUUUAAUCAUAGAAGAUAUAAUCCGAAAACAUAUUGAAGAGAAAAAGGAACUCGUGGAGAAAAUGAUAAAAUUUAGAGACAGGAUACCACUAGUAGAGUAUAAAAAAAACGAUGACGAAAUGUACAUAUGCUCAAGGUACUAUUUUAUAGGCGAUAUUUACAUUAAGGUGAAGAAGAAGCAGGACAAGUUUAGGAUCACUUUUGUGGGGAGUAAAGAGGGCGACGACGAGGAGAAUAUGGAGCAGUCGCAUCUGGGGAGGUCGCAUCCGGAGCUGGAGCAAAGUUCGAAGUUUACUGAUGAGAAGAAGAACACACUGCGGGAAAGGCCCAGGAAAGAAGAAGAUGCGGACAAGCUACAUGCAGAAGUAUCCAACGAUAAGCUGCGAACGCACACAGACAAUGACCAACUAAAUGCAGAAGAAGAUACAGACGAAGUGAAUACAGAACUAGAUAACGAAAUGGUAAAUGAUGAGUUAGAAAACGAGCUGCUGAAAACAGAGUUGUAUACCCAAAUGCUGAAUACAGAUUUGUGCAGCCAAAUAUUGAGCACUCAGUUGGACAGCGAAAUGUUGGACACAGAGUUGUACAACCAGAUGCCGAACACUGAGUUGUACAACAAGAUGCCGAACACAGAGUGCGAAAAUUGGGUUCUUUCCAAAUUCAGGAAAAAGAAAUUUAUCAUUAUUUUGAGUGGAACCUCAGGGGGGGGGAAGAGUACCCUUAGUUGCCUAUUGGGUGUUUUUCUGAACAUUCGACGGAUUCUAUCGACAGAUGUGGUGCGGGAAAUUUUAAGAAAAUACAAAGUGAAGGAUGACAAGUAUCUUAAGUUUUCAACGUACGAAUCGUGGAAGGUGAACUGCAGCGAAGAUGAGGGGGACACUAGUUCUAGCACGAGCCGUGGGGGUAGCAGUAUAGGUGUUAAUAGCGGUGGGGGGAGUGAAGGUAACGGUGACCCCGAAGCGAGCAAAGCGGAGAGUGAGGAAACGCGGCUAAAAAGGAGGUGCAUCGAGAACUACGCGAAGCAGUGUGAAUUACUGUUCACUUACAUCGAUGACCUAAUUAACGAUCACAUAAGGAGUAAGGAAUCGAUCAUCAUUGAGGGGGUUCAUCUGAACGCAGACAUGAUGGAGAAGUUAAACAAAAAAUAUCCAAACAGAAUUAUCUAUUUUUUAGUAUACAUAAAUGAUAGGGAAACCAGCAUUCGAAGAUUUUCAAGCAGAUCUGUAGGUUCGAAGACAGAAGAAAAUAAGUAUAUAAAAAAUAUUAAUUACAUUAAUGACAUACAAAAGUAUUUAUUGGAAAGGACCAAAUGUUUGCAUGUGCCAAUUAAUUAUAUUGAAAAUAUAGACAUAUAUAAUUCGCUAGAGAAGGUCCUUCGGAUAAUUCAUUCAUUUGGUUAA